CCAGUGAGAGGCUAGGGGUUGUCUCUGAGGGAACUACUUGGGGCUAGAACUGGCCCAGAACCUGUGUGUUGUGGCGUUGGGGGCAGCCCCCCCAGGGCUCCUGAGUCAGCCUGUGGCCGUGCCUUUCCUGCUCAAUCCUGGGCUCAAAUUUUGGACUGAGUGUGAGUGUGAGUGAAUGUGUGUGUGUGUGGGGGGGUGCUUUCCACCCUCAGGGACACUAAGGCGAGCUGUCUGUGAUUGUAUAUGAGGCUCCGACCCGGGCAGAGGCGGCAAUGGAGAAGGGGAGGCCACGCUCAGCCAUGGGGCUCGUGGUGGGGCACCUGCCUACAGAUUCCUCUCCAGCUCAGGCCUGGGAUGUCCCACUAUCCCACCCUUCAGAACCCGCCGCCCAGAGCUUCUAGAACCCGGCGUAGCCCAGCCUAGACCGCCACUUGGUGUUGCUCCCCCGCCUUCGCCUGAGAACUGCUCCUUCCUGGACCGCAACUCUGAGGGCUUUAUUCUCCCAGUUAUGAGUGUGGCUUUAUUCUCCCAGGCCCCCAAGGGCCGGCUCAGCGGCCUGCCUGCGACCUCCGGCAGCAAGCCCUUCCAGCUCUGGGCCCAAGGACUCUUCUGCACCGAGCGCAACCUGGCCAAGCGCCUCAAGAACAACAGUUUCUACCCGUUCACGCAGCAGCAGCCCAACGUCUUCGUGCUCGAGUACUACCUGGACACGCUGUGGAAGGGGACACUGCUCUUCAUCGUCUGCUUCUUCCUCGUCAGCUUCGGGCUUGUGAGCGAGGUGCAGAAGCAGGAGACUUGGGGCUUCCCAGCCUACGGCGCGGGCGUGGGCCUGUGGCUCAUGAUCUCGUCGCUGCCGCGGCGCCGCCUGGUGCUGAACCACGUGCGCGGCGUGUACCACUUCUCCAUCCGGGGCCGCACCGUGUGUCAGGGCCCCAUGCACCUGGUCUACGUGCGCAUGGCGCUCAGCUCCGACGCCUACGGAAGGUGCUUCUUCCAGCUGGUUCUGUGCGGCCACAAGCUGGAGCCGCUGGUGCUGGUGCAGCUGUCGGAGCGCUACGAGCAAAUGGAAUACCUCGGCCGUCAUAUUGCCCGGAAGCUCAACAUUAACUACUUCGACUGCCUGGCCACGUCGUACCGGCACGUGGUCCGCCAGUGGCCGCCGGGGGGCCGCCGUCAGCCCGGGCAUCCUGCUGCGCAAGACCGGUGCCUAGGACAAGCGGAACUCUCAGUCCGCCCAGGACCUGUGAUGCUGCCAGCUGGCGCCCACCCCUCCCCCACCCCGGGACUGCAUUCUCCCUUCCCCUCCAAUCUCCCACCUCCACCCGACCACUGGCCUUCUCAAUAAAGCGACCUCCUGCUUCAA